AUGACAAUCGAAACGGAAACAGCUGUUGCAGACGUGGCUCCGCCCGCUCCAGUUACUGGCGAAAAAGUUAAACGAAAACGAUCAUCUCGCUCUUCAUCGUCGGAAUCAAGCAGUUCAAGUGGCAGUGGCUCAUCGAGUUCAUCAUCCGCAACUUCGCGUUCGUCAUCCUCAUCUUCUUCGUCAUCGAGUAACUCGAGUCGUUCUAGUACAAGUGGAUCAUCGAAUAGCCCUAAAAAACCACGUACUGAUAAAAAAACAGCAGCAGCUGGUAAAGAGAAUAAACGAAAUCUACCAAAAUCAAUAGCACCUAGUACGAAAACGACAAUCGGUUCGAGUAGUAGCACCAAACAGUCAACAGGCUCAUCAUCUCGUACAAAACAACCAGCUCCAAAAUCUCCUGAACGUAAACAAGAACGCGAACAAUCUGCAAAAGUUUAUGUUGGAAAAUUAACAAGAAAUUUAACAAAAAAUCACUUGUAUGAAAUUAUGGGUACGUUUGGAGAAGUUAAACAAAUAGAUUUACCAUUUGAUCGUGUACAUCCGUAUUUACAUCGUGGCUUCGCGUAUAUUGAAUAUGUUCAGGCGCAAGCAGCUGAAUCAGCGUGUAAAUAUAUGGAUGGUGGUCAAAUUGAUGGCAAAGAAAUUAUAUGUUCCAUAGUUCAUAGUCAUUCGUCUGCAAGACGCAAAUCACCAAUUAAUUCAUCUUCAUCAUCCUAUCGCAAUCGUCGUCCACCUUCACCUCAACGUUAUCCACCUGCACGGCGUGGUUCGCCUAGAAGUCGUAACGAUCGAGAACGACCAUCCGCUAGACAGCAACGACAAGGUUAUCAAUCACCGCCACCUUCUCAAUCAUCUAGUCGUCGUCAGCAGUCAAAAGAACCGCCUGGAAAACGUCGAAAUCCUGAUUCGUCGCCUCGAAAACAAAAAGAGCGACGUUAUUCACGCUCAAGUUCAAGUUCAUCAAAAUAG